UUAAAUCGUCGUAUUUGUUUAUCAAUUGGGAUCGUCGUGAGAGUGGUUAUGUUUAUCGUUUUUCUAGACUCAAGACUGUGUAAUUAAAAGACAGAAAAAUGUCCUCCAAAGUGUUUGGCUCAUUGAUGGCCGAAAGCGUGUUGCUUACGAAAACGGCUAAAGUGAUUUCGGGUUAUUCGCCGGUAACAGUUUUCCUUGUGGCCGCCAUAACCCUUUUCCUAGUGAUCUAUAAUAAAAGGAGAGCGCGUUUGGUUAAACAUAUCGAAAAGAUUCCGGGACCAGCUGCAAUGCCAUUUUUGGGCAAUGCCAUUGAAAUGAAUGUGGAUCAUGAUGAGUUGUUCAAUCGUGUUAUUGGCAUGCAGAAACUAUGGGGCACGCGUAUUGGUAUCAAUCGUGUCUGGCAGGGCACUUCCCCACGCGUUCUACUCUUUGAGCCUGAGACGGUAGAGCCCAUACUAAGUAGCCAGAAGUUUGUGAACAAGAGCCAUGACUAUGAUUACUUGCAUCCUUGGUUGGGAACAGGAUUGCUGACCAGCACUGAUCGUAAAUGGCAUUCCCGGAGAAAGAUUCUAACACCUGCCUUCCAUUUCAAAAUCUUGGACGAUUUCAUUGAUGUCUUCAAUGAGCAGGCGGCUGUUUUGGUUCGCAAGCUGUCCGUUGAGUUGGGCAGUGAGGCAUUCAAUAUCUUCCCCUACGUCACACUGUGCACCUUGGACAUUGUCUGUGAAACCGCCAUGGGUCGCAGAAUCUAUGCCCAAAGCAACAGCGAAUCGGAGUAUGUGAAGGCAGUCUAUGGGAUUGGUUCAAUUGUACAGAGUCGUCAGGCCAAGAUUUGGUUGCAAAGCGAUUUCCUCUUCCGCCUGACCGAUGACUAUAAACUGCAUCAGAGCUAUAUCAAUACGCUUCAUGGCUUCUCCAAUAUGGUGAUUAGGGAACGCAAAACGGAGCUGGCUUUGGCCAAUGAUAAUAACAACAACAAUAAUAUGCCCGAUGCCUACGAUGAUCUGGGUAAAAAGAAGCGUUUGGCCUUCCUUGAUCUACUCAUUGAUGCCUCCAAGGAAGGAACCGUUCUAUCAAAUGAGGAUAUUCGCGAGGAAGUGGAUACAUUUAUGUUUGAGGGUCAUGAUACCACAUCGGCAGCAAUUUCCUGGACUUUAUUCCUUUUGGCCUCACAUCCAGAGUAUCAAGAAAGGGUUGUGGAAGAAAUGGAAUCCAUAUUUGGCGAUGAUAAAGAAACGCCGGCAACUAUGAAAAAUCUAUUGGAUAUGCGUUACCUAGAGUGCUGCAUCAAGGACUCCUUGAGACUGUUUCCCAGUGUUCCCAUGAUGGCGCGCAUGGUAGGCGAAGAUGUUACAAUUGGCGGCAAACUGGUUCCCGCCGGCACCCAGGCCAUCAUUAUGACGUAUGCCCUGCAUCGUAAUCCACGCGUUUUCCCCAAACCCGAGCAAUUUAACCCAGAUAAUUUCUUGCCCGAAAAUUGUGCCGGCCGUCAUCCAUAUGCUUACAUUCCCUUCAGUGCUGGGCCACGUAAUUGCAUUGGCCAAAAGUUUGCCAUUCUCGAGGAGAAGGCGGUUAUCUCAUCGGUUAUACGGAAAUACAAAAUUGAAGCUGUCGAUCGUCGCGAGGAUUUGACUUUGCUGGGCGAACUUAUCCUGCGGCCCAAGGACGGUCUGAGAGUAAAGAUCACUCCGCGUGUUUAAAAGAAAAAUUCUUAACACAAUCAAACCAUAAUCCAAAGUAUUUAACUUGUAAAUAAUUUAGAUUUUAAGUUAAUGCACUAUAAAUUAGUUUAUGUUAAACUAGUUAAUAGAUGGCUAAUAUAAGUUUCUGGGCUGCAAAAUGAAAAUGAUAUAAAAUGUAUCAAAAAGUUGCAAAUUGAUUGACUUAAUCGAUAUUCAAACUACUAAA